AUGGGGAACUUUAAUAUGCUUCCUUACGAGAUCAUGUUUGAUAUUUUCAUUCGUUUACCAAUUGAAUCUGUUCUGGAAUGCAAGUUAGUCUCUAAACCUUGGAGAGAUCUUGUUCGGCAUCCAUCCUUGGCACAGAUGCACUUGAAUCAUCUCAAUGAUUCUGGUAAGUUAAGCUGUAUUUUCUAUAGUCAUGUACAAGGGCUUAAAACAUUUUAUUAUAGUGAGUAUGAUGAUAAUCGUCAUGAGGCACCCUUUAACAGAAGAACAAGGAUGAAUUUAAGCUCUCCAUUUGACGAUUAUUAUUUUAAUGGUUCAUGCAAUGGCCUAAUUUGCUUCGAUGCAUCGCUUAGAGACGAAAUUGGUCAAUGGCAUUUUGGACCUGCUCAUAUCUGUAAUCCAAUCACUAGAGAAUAUGUUAUCCUUCCAAGAUUUAAAGAAUCUUCCUGGUGGACUGGAUUUGGUCACAUUCCUUCGUCCAAUGGGUACAAGGUUGUUAGGAUAUAUAACUCGAAGAAGAGAAACCUAAAUGAAGAAAUUGGAAUUGGAGUUUUUCAGGUGUACACUCUUGGGAGUGUCAGUGGAUGGAGAAAUGUGGGAACGACCAACAUCCGUAUGAAACGUUUUUCACACAGUGCUGCUAUGUUUGCAAAUGGAGCUCUUUUUUGGAAGCACAACAAUGGAACCACAUGCACUAUUCUUGCUUUCCAUUUGGCUGAUGAAAAGCUUAGCCAACUUCCACCACCACCACCUUAUUUGACACAAACUGAUGAUUCAUAUAUCUCUAUUAAGUUAGGGGUUUUAGGUGAUUUUCUAAGUGCUACUCAUUAUUACGAUUCUGGUGAUUGUGACAUAUGGUUAUUAAAGAAGAAUGAAGAUAAUGAUGACUUCAACUGGAUUAAAGUGUUUAGUCUUGACAAUGAAAUUUCACGGCCAUUCGAGUUCACGAAGAGUGGUAGGCUUUUGUGCUAUGGGAAAAGUAAAAUUUAUUAUAGUUACGAUCCAAAAGCUUCGUCUGCCAAAAUCGAUAUCAGUUCUGGCAAGUCAAUUUGUGAAGCGAUUCCUCAUAAGAAUACGUUAAUUUCAUUGAAAGUAUUAGGAGAAAUGGAUACAAAAACAAUGGAAUUCUGUGAAAUGAUAAGUUCAAGUGAGGAGGGAGAGAACAGUGAUUAACUGAAGAAGCCGCAGAACGAAGUAAGAGAUCACUAGUGCCAUUAUCUGAAACUGAUGCUGCUUUCGUGGAGAGGUAAACCUGCAGAUUCUAUUCCAAUUUUAUCAUGCUUCCUGACGAUUCUGGGAGGCAAAAUUCUGGAUAGGAGGACUGAAAAGAGAAUUUUAUGUCACAUGUAAGGUGUUGAAUUUAUCCAAUUAAGCAACUUUGGCUAUUUAUUUUGGGAAUUUGUAUUGCAAU